AUGUCUAUCCAGAAGAGCCUGAAACUAGAGGCCCUCUUACGAGUGAGUGUGGGAGUCGGUAAAGGUCACAGGGUGUAUUAUAUGCUGCACAAACUAAGAACAAGUGCAAGGAUGGUCUCACCGUCUACUGCCAAUUUAAUUAUGAACUGGUUUCAUAGCAAAGAAGCUGAAAGAGUGGGACAAAUAAAAUGGGAUCCAAGAUUGAUAAGGGAGGCAAUUGAGAAUGGAGGUGGGGGCUGGCAUGGGCAGGGCUGGUUGGGAAAAGGAAAUGGUUUGUGUUGCGUACAACUAUUGGAGCUGAUGGCUUGUGCAAAUGCUGUGGGGAAAAAUUGGCCACAAUUGACCUUGAUCCUGUAG